CUCUGGAUCUGGUCUCUCACUGGGGUUUGCAGACUUCCUUCCACCUGAUCAAGCAACCUCCCGGCAGCCAGCAACAUGGCGCCCUUUGAGAAGUCCAUGGAGAUGAUGCCCUUCAAGCAGAGGAAGUGUUUAGAAACCAGAAAAGAUGAAGUGUGCAGCAUCCGAUCCAAGUUCCCCAACAAGUUACCCGUGAUCGUGGAGCGUUACCUGCGCGAGAAGGCCCUCCCUCUGCUGGACAAGACCAAGUUUUUGGUUCCCUUCGAGCUCACCUUAGGACAGUUCCUGUGCCUGCUCAGGAACAAGAUCGACCUGGAGUCCAGCCAGGCUCUCUUCCUGCUGGUGGCCGAGAGGAGCAUGUCCUGCAUGUCCUCCAGCAUGGGGGAGGUCUACUCUCGCUACAGGGACCCCGACGGCUUCCUCUACAUCACCUACGCCUCGCAGGAGAUGUUCGGGGGCAGCUGAGCCGUGGAGAACCCGGGCCGACCGGGGCCCACUUUGGACAUUUUCCCAACACCGCCUGACUCUCCCUGGGCGAGAGUCCGCCACGUCUCAUGGGGAUCACAGCCAGGAACUUCCACUUGUCUUUUGAGUCCAGGACAAAAGAGAAGAAAGCUGCAGUGUUAUUUGCACUCGUGUCCUGCUGGUCUUUCUAGCACUUCUCCUCCACAAUGUGAAGACUGCUGAUGCGCGGCCACCUCGCUCAGUACGCAAAACAAAUAAACCUCCUUUCAAU